AUGUCAUCUGAAAAUACAUAUUACUGUGAAAAUUGUCAUAAAAAGUAUAAUAGAAAUAAAGGAAUAUUAAUCUGUCCAUUUUGUGGUUCUGACUUUGUAGUUGAACAGCCAUUUGUUAUGUUUAAGAAAAUGCCUAUUCCUGAGAAUGAGAUGAUAAGAAGGUCAUAUAACCAAUCAUUUAAUGAUUACUCACAACCUGAUUUAAUUGAUUUUCCACACCCUUCAUCUGGAAGAAUUCCUUUUCAUCCAGACCCUAUGAGUUAUUCAGGAGAUUUGUAUAUGCCACAACCACGAAUAAGAAAUCCUAUUCAAAUUUAUCCAAGAAACCCAUACACAGGAAGUUCCCAUGAGCCAUACCUUGGUAUUUAUGAUCGUGGUAAUUUUGGUACUAUUAAUGAUAUUUCAUACAAUCGCCCAACACAACCACUACGACCAAUGGCGUCUUCUUCAUUACAAGUUAUUCCAAAAGAACUUUGUAUCUUUUGUGAAAAAGAAUUAGAAAAAGGAGAAGAUAUUAUUACAUUAACUUGUGGGCAUCAAUGCCAUAGUCAUUGUGUAAAAUCUUCGCAUUGUCCCAUCUGCACUAGUCUUUACAAUUAA